CAGAACUUGAUGGCGAUGUAGAAGCGCGAGAUCGGGAAUUCACCUCAGAUGUCUCCUCUUUCAGCCAAGUGGAGGUUGUGGUGGGGAUGAACGCAAUCAAGCAGACUUAACGGAAUAACGAGGAUCUCGGGGACGGAUUCAAAUCGAUUUGCGACCCAUCGCCAUCUCGUGUAAUCACAUGCGAGCGUCUGCGUCGUCCAUGUCUUCUCCGUUCCGGCACUAUUGCGGAGUUGAUGUCAAUGAACUCUCUCUUCAGCUAUGAUGACAGAUCAGCACCUCCCACUUUUGGAGGCCACGCCCAUGCUGGCUGAAAUGCCCCUCUACCCACACAUGCUCAGCCGAGACGGCAUGCAGCAGAUGGUCCUGGUACAGGUCAAUCCAGGAGAGACUUUUACUGUACGCACAGAUGAUGGCCAGAUUCAGUGCAUUACAGGUCCUGCGCAGGUGCCCAUGGUGUCCCCUAAUGGCACCAUGCCACCCAUUUUUGUGCCUCCAGGUUACAUAUCUCAGGUGGUGGAGGAGAACGGCAUGUGGAAGGUGCUGGUUCUGCCUCAUACGAUGGAGUUUCAUCCCUCUUUACCCCCUGUACCUCCACAUCUCCCACUGUACACCCCACCACAGCCAGCCAUGCUGCACCACCCACACUUUUACCCCACCGAGCUCUCUCCUCACUACAUACACCAGCUGCCUGCACUUCCUGUCUACAAUGAGCAGGAUAUGAUGUGCCACAGUGUGUCAGUGCCCAUUCGUGAUGAACGUGCAGUAAAAAUGCAGGAUCAGCUACAGCGGAGGCUGAAAGGCGGGCAUCUGGGAGCUGCUAACGGCAUGCCACUCACCCACAACGGACACGGCAAAGUUCGGACAGGCAUGGCUGCUUCUCCAACACCACCACGUCUUAAACACUCAGUCCGGAACAGAGGCUCUCCUCCAAGCGAUUACGAGGUUAAAGCUGCAGAUCCUGAAGAGGAAAUGAGGCGAGUGCAAGAGCUGCUGUCUACUGUAUGCAAACCCACAGUGGGCAGCAUCACGUCACACUCUGCAGUUCUCUCCUGGCGUCCUCCACUCCCUAUACUGUCAGAAGCAGAUACACACUUACACUCAUACCCAGCCCUGCCGCUCAGCUACGAGCUGGCCUUGUCUCAGAGUGGCACAGAGGGAGAUUUCAAACUUGUGUACCAAGGAAAAGACACUACGCAUACACUGGGAGAGCUCAGACCUGCGACACAUUAUUACGCCAGGGUGUGUGUGGCUUGUAGGUCAAUGAAGGGAGCCCCAUCAGAGAGUGUAAAUUUCACUACACUGUGCAGCGUUCCCGACACUCCUGCAGUCCCCCGAUUUAUCCAGCGCACCAAGAGCUCAAUUAGCCUCCAGUGGAGAUCCCCCAAUGACAACGGCUCAAAAAUAACUGGGUUUUGCUUGGAAUACCACGAGCAGGGAAAACAAAGUGCAUUUAUGGAGGUUUACAGUGGCCUUGCCAAGCAGUACAAAGUUGUGCACCUCAUGCCUUCAACAAAAUAUGCCUUCAGACUUGCUGCUAAAAACGAUGUAGGAAUGAGUGCCUUCAGUGCUGUUCUGAGUUGUUGCACAGACAGCUGUGUCGUGUCUCCUCCUGCUCCUCCACCUCCACCUCGUCUGAUGGAGGCUGGAGUAACAUGGCUGAGUCUCGAGUGGAGCACCCCCUGUGGGACGGUUAGUCGAGACACACACUCUUACAUACUGGAGAUGGAAGAGAUUGGAUCGGGGUGUGGAUUUCAGCCGAAGCACAGUGGAGAGGAGCAGUCAUGUAUAGUGAGCGAGCUCAGGCGAUACACCUCCUAUCGUUUCAGGGUGUCUGUGGCUGGACAAGAGGGUUACAGUGUGUCUAGUGCAGUAGUGGACUAUAGAACACUGCCAGACCAACCAGGCAGCCCAGGAAAACCAUCAGUGUACAAUUCUGUACAACCACACAGCCUGCAUGUUGUCUGGGAGGCCCCAGAUGAUGACGGAGGCUCGCCAAUCUCUCUAUAUAUACUGGAACUCAGUCAGAACGACCACCACUGGGAUGUCGUGUACCGUGGGCCUCUCAGACAGUAUGUGUGUGAGGGCUUACAGGAGGGCAGAUGGUACAAACUGCGGGUGUACUGUGAGAAUUUGGGAGGUCAGAGCCAGGUGUCGGAGAGUCUCUGUGUGCAGAUGGCUCCUCUGCCUCCUGGACCAUGCUGUGCCUUACACCCUGCAGAGGGAGCCACAUCCUCAGAGAUUUUACUAUCAUGGGAUGCUCCGGUGUGUGACGGAGGGGCUGCAGUGUCUCAGUACUGUGUGGAAAUGGCUCGGUCAGUGGGAGACUCUCCACAGCAGGUGUACCAGGGUUCAGAUCCCUACUGCACUGUGGGACAACUGCUUCCUGGCACAUCCUACCUGUUCUGGGUGAAAGCUUACAAUGCAGCAGGGUGGAGUCCACUUUCAGAUGUGUGCCAAGCCUCCACGACACCAGGAGGCCCUGAGCAGUGCAGUGUCCCAAAUCUUACACUGAGCUCUUGUAACAGCGUACUGGCCACCUGGGAGAGCCCACCCUGUAAUGGGUCAGAAGUGUAUGAGUUUCAGAUGGAGUGGGGUCCGAAGGAAAGUGCCCUGGAUGUGCUGUAUACUGGGUCUUUAUCUCAGUAUGAAGUGAGAGACUUGCAGCCUGCCACACAGUACUAUUGCAGAGUGCAGGCAGUCAAUGCUGUUGGGGCAGGCCUCUUCAGCGAUUUUGCCACAGUGAAGACCCCACCAUCAGUACCAGCAGCUGUGGAGCAUGUGGAGGAAAUUAGGGCAGAUUCUCUGGCUACUGGUACAGUGUGCAGCACAUCUAACAGUUUGGCUGUAAGGUGGACAGAACCUAAUUGUCAUGGAGCAGAGAUUUCUGGAUACAACAUAGACUUUGGAGAGGAGCAGCCUCUGUCUGUAGGGAGGACUAACUACCACAUACUGGAAAAUCUUCAUUCGGACACUAUGUAUAGGAUACGGGUGCAGGCAGUGAAUUGCAUCGGUGCUGGUCCUUUUAGCACAGUGCUAAAGCUCAGGACACGACCCUUGCCACCUGAACCCCCAGGGCUGGAGUGUGUGGUGGCUGGACCUCAGAGUCUGAAGCUGAAAUGGGGAGACAGGCUUCAGAACAGUCAUGGCACUCAUUACUGUUUGCACAUGCAAGCUGCCACGGACAGGAUGGUUUGCAUCUACAGCGGCCCGUGCCACACAUUUAAAGUGCAGCGACUGUGUGAGGCUACCGAGUACCAGUUCAGCAUUCAGGCUCAAAGUGUAGCAGGCAUGGGCCCCCUCUCUCCACCCUACACCUUCAGCACCACCCGCUCUCCACCACCUCAGCUCAAACCACCAACAGUUGAACUGGUCGAGUGGAACAGGUAUACAGUCACGUGGGAGGCUCUUCAGGCCAUGAGAGGAGACCCAAUUGUUUAUGUGCUGCAGCUGCUGAGGGGCCGUGAAGUGGAGCAGCUGUAUAAGGGCUCUGGAACCUCAUACACAUGGCAUAACUCCACAGUGAGUAGCAUGUGUCGCCUGCGUGUGUGUGCUGGGCGUCGGAGCACAGAUGGUGGAGAGCUGUGGGGUCAGUGCAGCCUCAGCACGGCCCUCCCUGCAACUAAACCACCCCGGAUCUCAAGCUCCCACAAUCCCCAGCCCAAGAAGAGUUGGUCUCUUGCAGAUGAGCGCUUUGCAAGUGUUCUGCUUCUGGGCUUUGUCAUACUAGCCAUUCUGUUUGCUGUGCUCAUCCAGUACUUUAUCAUCGAGGUGCCGUGAGGAGAUGAAGGGAGAGAUUUGGUUGGAGGAAAGGAAGCAAGGUGAUAAAAGACGGAGAAAGAACGAAAAAGCGGCGUGUUAGAGCAGAGCAGGCCUCGAAGCACAUAGCCGCACUGGCUAGCACAGAGCAUUUUACAAUGGUCAUUCUUCUUCUUAUUAUUAUUAUUAUUAUUAUUAUUAUUCUUUUUUAAUGACUAUUAAUGCAUGGAGGAAAGAAAUCUAUAUAUGGCAUCAGUAGGUACUUUGUUAUGUAAACUGUGACGACUGAGACUUCAGUGUGCCGUCGGGGUACUUUUUAGAAGGUCACUUCACAGUAAUAGCCAGAUUUUUAUUAUUAUUUCACACGAAUACAGAUUAUUUUUAGAUCACAGAAACGUCUCUAGGCAAGGACGAUCACUCAUCACUCCGCAAGAACUUGGCUGCUAUUUCGUACACAGCAGCCUUUUCCGAACGUUAAAGGACCUCAUUCUCAGUUUGGAGGUCAUGUGAUUUCUUCUGGAACAGCCUUGAAGAUUUUUACAUCAGUGAAGUUUCUGUCACUAUAGAAAGAUGAAGUCUUAUAGGCUGAGUGCUUUUUGCUGCAUUAGAAUAAUAAUAGGAGGCUUUCGGGGCUUUUUUAUUUGCGCAUAUCAUGUAGGCUGUAUUCCAAUUGUUCUGUUUUUCAGUAUAAGUGUUAAAAGGGAGAUCGUGCCAAAGCUUUCAUAGACAUAUACAAAGGAGCAUACUCAUACGACUGGAGUCUCGUACUCUCAUCUGCAGAGAAGACAUAUUUUUUAUGUUUAAGAAUUUAUAACAACAUAACCACAUUAUUCCAUAAUAAUUCCAUUCAUUUAUCCAAGACAUUGGGAGAGCUAGAUUUUUUUUUUAUGUUCUGCUGUCACCAGUGUGUUCUUCUAUGAUAGACUAUACAUACAUUCUAGCUAUGUUCAUGUACAUACAGAUAUGGCAGUAUUGCUUAGAUAGCCGAUAUGGAUAUGCAUUUGUUAUAAAUGUCUCUAUUUAGCUCAAA